CCCAAAAGACUGGAUUGGGAGACUUGGCGAACUAAACAAAGAAAGCCUGGCCGCCAGGAGCUGUGUAAGAAAAAAGCCACAGGCUGAUUGUGAGAAUGAGGGGGCUGUGCAUGGCGGCGUCUCCCCCUCUUCCAGGAUCUCAAGCCUUGAAGUUUUCCAGUAACUGCCCACUUGCCUGUCUACCAAUCAGAACUGAUGCAGUGUGUGGGAUGGCCCAACUUGCCAUACUAAAAAGAGACCAAAGCAGAAUAAAUCAGGAGCAGCUACUACCGCAAGAAAAAAAAUCAUGAAAAACCCAAUGUAUGAAAUAGCAUCUCUGUUACUGGAAAAGUUACUUCUGCUUGCCAACUUUAAAGCUCUGGGAACAGGUUCCAGGGGAGAGGAGGAACAGAAGAAAAAACAUGUACGUUGUUAUGACUCCACCUAUUUCAAACCAGGAGAUUUACUAGAAGUGCCUCGCACUCUCUUCAUUCAUUUUGGCAUUUAUCUGGGGGAUAACCAAGUAGCACAUCUUAUGCCAGACAUUCUGCCUGCUCUCACGAAUGACCAGAAGCUGAUCCAGAAAGUAGUGACUAAUAAGAGACUUAUCUUAGGUGCCAUCACAAAAACAGCAAGGAUCCGUGUGGACACAGUGGAGGACUUUGCCUAUGGAGGCCCCAUCCUGGUGAACAGCAUAGAUAGGUUUUUCAAAAAUGGUAUCCUCUGUAAUGAUGAAGUAGUCUGCAGAGCAAAAAGCCUGGUAGGCACAACUGAAUACAGCUUACUUUGGAACAACUGUGAACAUUUUGUGACCUUUUGCAGAUACGGUUCUUCAGUCAGCUUCCAGACAACCAAGUUCUGUGAAACGCUGAAGAUGAUCAUUAGAGACCAGAGAAGUGUACUUGUUUCGGUGCUGCUGGGACUGAUUUCUAUACUCUAUCUGGGUCUGAGACCCUCUACCACUCUUCCUACUGUCAUCAUUCCAUUUAUGCUGUGGAUGGCUGGUUAAUGAAUCCACCUACCCUCCCAUUUAUUGGUUAUUGUAAAUAGAAUGUAUCGUGUAUUUAUGGAAGCUCAAACUGAUAACUGAUAUUAUAUACUGAAGAAAAUGUGGAAUGAUUAACAUAUAGGAUAUAGAAUACAGUGGACAAGCAAUAAUUUGUGGAUUAAGCUACUGGAUUUUGUGAAAAACUUUCCAGGUCAUUUUAGGGAUGACCUUAUUGGGUUUAUUCCCAAACAAGUGUGUCUAAUCUGCAGUUUUACACUCAACUGUAAAUUUUGGGAAACUUAACAGGGUUCGCCUCCCAAGUAAAUUUGCAUAAUUUCAGAGUCCAUGAGUAAUAUGAACAAUAACAUUCUCUUGGAUACAGUACAAAGCAAUGCACAUUUUAUGGUGUGUUUAACAACUGCUAUCCUGGUUUGCAUCUUUUUCUAAUUUCCUUAAGGUUAUGUUCACUAAGUGUAUUUCUAUGUAAAUGACACGUGCCUUUGAGCAUCCUGCUUGAUCUUGAGAUGGACAAAAUAUUUGCACCAGAAUUGUCUUUGCUAUUCCCUGUUAAUGAAAUCCAAUAUAAAUCAGUCCAAAGGGCCUCUGUAAUCUCAAGAUAACUGACAAGCAAGCCACUGAGAAAGACAGAUAUUUGAAGGAAUAUGAAAGCUAUCUCCCUUUUGAAUAUUUUUUUUACACUGUAGACAAUUAAAUAAUUUCCAGAACUUCUCAUUGGAAAGGACACACAGACAACUUAGAGCAAGAGUUGGAUGUAUAUUGUUACUUAUAUCUGUAG